AUGGCAAGCCAGAAUAGCGUGAAAGAGAUUACGAAGAGUUUGUGUGUUGUUGCUGCAGUGCAACUUCGAGUCUGGGGUCUCCGAGUCCUCUCUUGCGCUUUGCUGUAUAGAAUAGGUCAGUUCAAACAGAUUGAUUUUACAUUAAAAGCCGGCGUCCGCGAUGGCCUUGAACUGGUUCCUGACUGUGGAGGCAGGAAGGCGUUUCCUUCAGGUGACCAACACGUCUAUAGUCAUUGGAAGAGUGGUGCUGCCUUCCCCCAAGGAAGGACGAGAAAGGAAAAGUCGGCCCUAGAAACCGCAAACUCCCACCACCCAAUGAUCGGUCGUGACCCCAGCGACCAUUCAAUACGGUCGAAAUAG